AGAUGCACUAGUUUCCCCCUGCCCAUCAGAAGAAGCAGAUUCAUAUCCUGGCUUUCUUUGGGAAAGAAGGUGGUGCACUGCUGUCCACAGUGACAUGAGCCUGAUUUUUCUCUCCUCCAGCCGUCAUAAUUUUUUCAACCUCAUAAUAAAAGUCAUAGAAUUGCUCCCCCAACAUGUCCUCAGCAGUGGGGGGGAUUUUUUUUAACCUCUCUACAUCUCAGAAGAAUUCUAUCAUACUCAGACUUAUGCAGAGUAGAUUCAUCCACCUCUAGAGUUAUACCCACCAACCCUCCUACAUAUGCAACAUGUUCCGAGCAUCCUUUCUCUAAAGGAAUAUUGCUAACUCUAACCCAUGCUUUUUCCAUCUCCCCUUUAGCACCAACUGAAGCUGAUAGCUAGCUGAUCCUGAUCCCAGGCGUGGCCAGUAUAUAUCUCACCUGCACUCGACGAGCAACGAAGGGAUCGGGGACAUGGGACGAGCUUCGCUGCUGCGUCUAGCGGCCGCCAUGGUCCUCACCGGCUUGGUUUCUCCGCCGGUUGCAGUGGCGGCACGCGCGACGCCGCCACUGCCGGUGCUGCCGAUCCCAACGGCGGCGCAGCUCGCGUGGCAGCGGCGGGAGGUGAUCAUGUUCUUCCACUUCGGGAUGAACACGUUCACGAACUCCGAGCUGGGCACGGGGGCGGAGGACCCGGCCCUGUUCGCCCCGGCCGCGCUCAACGCCAGCCAGUGGAUGGACGCGGCGGCCGCGGCCGGCGCGUCGCUCGCCAUCCUGGUCGCCAAGCACCACGACGGCUUCUGCCUCUGGCCGUCCGCCUACACGGCCCACUCCGUGCGCGCCAGCCCCUGGCACGGCGGCGCCGGCGACGUGGUGCGCGAGUUCGCCGCCGCGGCGCACGCACGGGGCGUCGACGCCGGCCUCUACCUCUCGCCGUGGGACCUACAUGAUCAGGAGUACGGCCGCGAGGUCGCCUACAACGAGUACUACUUGGCGCAGCUCCACGAGCUCCUCACCGGGUACGGGAGCUUGUCGGAGAUCUGGUUCGACGGCCACAAGGACAAGAACGCGACGAACAUGACGUACCACUUUCAGGAGUGGUUUCAGACCGUGAGGCAGUUGCAGAGCUCCAGCAUCAUCUUCUCCGACGCCGGCCCCGACGUCCGGUGGGUCGGCAAUGAGGAUGGGUUCGUCGGAACCACCUGCUGGUCCACCGUCAACCGCUCCAUGAUAACGAUCGGCGCAACCGGCAUCGAGAAUUAUCUGAACAACGGCGACCCGUGGGGGACGGACUGGGUGCCGCCGGAGUGCGACGUGACGAUCCGUCCUGGCUGGUUCUGGCACGAGAACGAGACGGCCAAGACGCUGAGCCAGCUGUUGGACAUAUACUACACCUCGGUGGGCCGGAACUGCGUGCUGCUGUUGAACGCGCCGCCCAACACCACGGGCCUGGUGGAGGACGCCGACAUCGCCAGGCUCCGCGAGUUCCGCGCCGCCAUCACGCACAUCUUCGGCACAGACCUCGCCGAUGGCAGCACGGCUCGGGCCAGCAGCGAGCGCGGCGGCGACUUCGCGGCGGGCAAUGUGCUGGACGGCCGGGACGACACGUACUGGGCGCCGAUGGCGGAGGACGGGCGCAGGGACGGGUACUGGGUCGAGCUACGGCGGCCGGCGAGAGCGCGUGCGCGGCCGUUCAACGUUGUUAGGAUACAGGAGCACGUGGCGCUGGGGCAGCGGGUGGAGCGGCACGAGGUGUACGUGGACGGCGUGGCCGUGGCCAGCGGCACGACGGUCGGGCACAAGCGGCUGCACCGACUGGCCGGACCCGUCGUUGGCCGGACGGUGAAGAUAUGGUUCGCCGCGCGCCGUGGGCCUCCGGUAGUGUCGGCGGUGGGCCUGCAUCUCGACCCUCACGAAAUCAAUCGCCCGAGCCAAUAAGUAGUACUGUAUCAUGCACUUGGGACUCACAAACAUGCUUACAUGGAAGAUAAUUAAAAAAGAGAGUUGUUAUAGUAACAUAGGUAGAUACCGUAACAUAAU